AACCUCACCUGUAGUGUAUACAUUAGCUUGUUUCCUGUCUAAAUUACUAUCUUUUCUUUCUUUGAGAGGUAGAACACAAUGCACAUAUCCAAUCAGUCAUUUGUGACUGAAUUCAUCCUGCUGGGAUUCUCCCUGGAACCCAGGACCACACCUCUGCUCCUCUCAGCUUUUCUCAUGAUCUACCUGUUGAUUAUUCUGGGUAACAGCUUGAUCACCAUCCUCAUCUGCCUGGACUCACACCUCCACACCCCCAUGUACUUUUUUAUUGGCAUCCUUUCUGUGUUGGAUGUGGGCUAUACCACCACAACUGUGCCUCAGAUGUUGGUACAUCUGACCAGCCAGAAAAAGACAGUCUCUUUUCCCAGCUGUGUAGCCCAAAUGUACAUUUUCUUGGUACUAGGCAUCACUGAGUCCUGGCUUUUUGCCAUCAUGUCUGUAGACAGGUAUGUGGCCAUCUGUCACCCACUCAGGUACAAAGUCAUCAUGUGCCCGUGGCUAUGUUGGAUAAUGGCAGUUUUCUGUGGACUCUGGGGUAUCAUCUCUGCUCUUGUCUACACUAUCUUUGCCAUGCGUCUGCCCUACUGUGGUCCCAACAAGAUCAACCAUUUCUUCUGUGAAGUCCCUGCAGUCUUAAAACUGGCUUGUGCAGACACUUCACUCAAUGACCGAGUAGACUUCAUUCUUGGUUUCUGUGUCAUACUGAUUCCUCUGUCCCUUAUCUUUGUCAUUUAUGUCAACAUCUUCAUUGCCAUCUUGAAGAUCCAUUCAGCACAGGGUCGGCUGAAGGCUUUCUCUACUUGUGCAUCCCACAUCACUGUGGUCACCAUGUUCAGUGUGCCAGCCAUGGUCAUGUACAUGAAGCCUGGAUCUAAAGCAACCCCUGAAGAGGACAAGAAGCUUGCUUUAUUCUAUAAUGUUAUCUCUGCUUUUCUCAAUCCCAUCAUCUACAGCCUCCGGAACAAGGAUGUCAAGAAGGCUUUCCUCAAGGUUAUAGGCUGGGGAAGGGUCCCAGAUUGA